AUGCCGACCCCCGAAUCCGCCGCUUUCCUGGCCAAGAAGCCCACUGUGCCCCCGACCUACGAGGGCGUCGACUUCGAGGACAACGUCGCGGUUCACAAUGCCCGUGACGCCGUGAUCCGUGAGCAGUGGGUGCGCAGCAUGAUGUCCCGUCUUGUUGGCGAGGAAUUGGGCAAGUGCUACGCGCGCGAGGGUGUGAACCAUUUGGAGAAGUGCGGUGUCUUGAGAGAAAAAUACUUCGAGCUUCUCGGCGAGCGCAAGAUCAAGGGUUACCUCUUCCAGGAGAAGAACUCCUACGACGGAAACACCGCCAAGUCCUCUUAA